UCGCUCUGCCUUGUCCCCUCGCCGCUUCCAAGGAGGGCGGUUUCUGGUGACUCCCCGACGCCGCUGCUGGCGACCUGCAGCCCCCGUCCUUUUGCUGCUGCUGCUGCCGCGAGUCCCCGGAGCCGAAGGAUGCAGUUCCGUGUCUUCUCUUUUGCCUUGAUCAUCCUGAACUGUAUGGAUUACAGUCACUGCCAAGGCGGCCGCUGGAGACGCAGCAGGAGAGCCAACUAUGGACCAAAUCCAAUUUGCAAAGGCUGUUUGUCUUGCUCAAAGGACAAUGGAUGCAUCAGAUGUCAGCAUAAGUUGUUCUUCUUUCUCCGAAGGGAAGGAAUGAGGCAAUAUGGGGAAUGCUUGAAUUCCUGCCCGCCAGGGUACUACGGUCUGCGAGCCCCAGACAUGAACAGAUGUUCAAGAUGCAGAAUAGAGAACUGUGAUUCUUGCUUCAGUCGAGAUUUUUGCACAAAGUGCAAGCCUGGGUUUUAUCUCUACCGGGGUCGUUGCUUUGGAGAAUGUCCUGAUGGCUUUGCACCUUUGGAGGAGACCAUGGAAUGUGUGGAAGGCUGUGAAGUGGGCCCUUGGAGUGAAUGGGGGACGUGCAGCAGAAAUAACAAGACCUGCGGAUUUAAGUGGGGCUUGGAAACACGGACGAGGCAAAUUGUGAAAAAGCCAGCAAAAGACACAAUACCCUGCCCAACCAUUGCAGAGUCCAGAAGAUGCAAAAUGGCCCUGAGGCACUGUCCAGGAGGAAAGAGGACUCCGAAGAUAAAAGACAAGAAGAAGAAGAAAAAGAAUUUAAUGGAGCGAGCACAGAAGCAGCACAGCCUCCUCUUAGCUACAGACCGAGCUGGCCAGUAAAGACUUGGGUCAUGUGUUUUCCGUUGUUCUUUUUUUCUUUUUUCUUUUUUUGUUUUUGCAAAAUGCACAGAAGCUGCUAAAUGCUCCUGCACACUGAUGCACUGCAAUUCAGCUGCCUGCUUUGACAGUAUUGGUUGCAAAUAACAUGUGGAGGAAAAGAGGAGAGAGAGAGAAUAUGUCCACAAGCUUGUUUGUAUGUGUGUUAUUUAUACUUUUGUUGUCGUCGUUAUUGCCGUCGUCGUUGGUUCUCCCCCCCCCCCCAAAAAAAAACCCUGGAGACUCCAGGGACAGAACAAGCGCACUGAGUUGAAUCAGUGGAUGUGUGUGUGUCCAAAAAGCUCUUCUUUUUGUUUCGUUUUCUGUUUUGACUUCAGUCGGUGCCUGCAAGAUGGAGGCAGCCAGCGUCUUGGCAUGGAAUGUUGCAGCAGGAGCUUCGGGCUGCAAAUCAUCGCUGGGUGAUGACGGACUUGUGCAUAUUUAUAUAAGGAAAGGAACUCGGGGGAGUUUAGCAUUGCAUAUAUAUGUCCUCUCGUUUCUCAUCUUGUACAUUUUUCAAGAGUAAAUAACACUAAGCAGAUAUUCGUAGAUAAUGUACUUUUUGUCCUCAGCACCUGUUAUAUUGGAACGGUUGUAUAGUCAAACUGCUCUCGACUGAUAUAUCACAGGAGUUGCUGCUUAGUAUUUCUGGAGCAUAGCAGUUCCCAUGUGUACAUAUUAUGCUGUCUACGUAUAAAUAAACCUAUUUACAAUACGCCUGUGUCUGUUUUUCUGUAUAUGCAAGUCAUUACUCAUCUUCAGGGUUCGGUCACUUUGGUUCCAGUUAGGGAUUGGGUGGGGUGGUGGAAUGUGAACCUAACCAAAUUUGCAGUUCCUGAA